GGGGUGCCCCCUAGCCUUACCAGAAGGCAAGGAUGGGGCCAGGAGGGCUGCAGGGUUGAAGACGAUAGGUGACCCCAGGCCUGGGGACCUGCGAAGCAGCCAGACCUCCCCCUCUGGCGCCUCCGUCCAGCCUAAGUCCCGCCUGCUUGCCACACCCCUGACUCACUUCCUUUGCAUGGAAGCGGAAACCUCCCCAGAGCUUCCUCCCCUCCUCCCGGGCCCCAGGGACCCACAGGUGCUACUCACUCUCCUCCCCGUCCUCGCCUGAGCUGGCCCAGCUGGGCCCUGACCCCACUGGGACCCUCCCCAGGAAGCCGGCAUUUUCUGUGUCCUGAGUUGCAGCCUCAGCCUCUGGCCUGGGGAGGGGGCUGCCCUUGGUGGGCCAGGGGCCAGCCAGAGCUUAACCUGACACAGCUGCAGGGAGGGCGACCUGCAUGCAGAACGCCGCCCCUGCGCCAUGGACGGCGGCCAGCCCGGUCUGGAGCCCGCGGCCCCGGGGCCCAGCAUCCCCGGCCCGAGCGUGAUCGCGCCCCUGCGCGCCGUGGUCCGCCUGCGCCGCCGCGUGUGCCUCCUGCGCAAGCGGCGCCUCCUGCCGCCGGGCGCGCCGGGCGCCGGGCCUGCCUUGGGGCCCGGGGCGCCCAGACCCGGCUGCAGCUCAGGGGCGCCGCCCGCCGACCCGGACCGGCCACAGUUCUUCACCUUUGACGGCCCGGCCGAGCUGCCGUCCCGGACGCCGCGCAAGAGGCGCCGGCGCAGCCGCGUGGUGCUCUAUCCCGAGACCUCGCGCAAGUGCCGGCCCCACGCCGAGCGCCGCAGCCGCGCGCAGCGCUGCCUGCUGCUGCUUGUGGCCAUCGUGGGCUUCCAGGUGCUCAAUGCCAUCGAGAACCUGGACGACAACGCGCAGCGCUACGACCUGGAUGGGCUGGAGAAGGCGCUGCAGCGCGCCGUGUUCGGUCAGCCUGAGGCCGUGGCUCGCAUAGUGGCGCUGCUGCGGGACUACCUGGCCACGCACGUGCACAGCCGCCCGCUGCUCCUGGCGCUGCACGGGCCCAGCGGCGUGGGCAAGAGCCACGUGGGCCGCCUGCUAGCGCGCCACUUCCGCUCGGUGCUGGAGGACGGCGCACUUGUGCUGCAGUACCACGCACGGCACCACUGCCCCGAGGCACGGGCGGCCCAAGCCUGCCGGGAGGAGCUGGCCGCGCUGGUGGCCGACGUGGUGGCGCGGGCCGAGGUGGAGGAGAAGACCCCGCUCGUGGUACUGGACGAGGCGGAGCUCAUGCCCCCCGCGCUGCUGGACGAGUUGCACGGCUUCCUGCAGCCGCAGCGCGCCCACCCCUUCCACAACGCCAUCUAUGUGCUCCUCAGCGGCGUGGGCAGCGCAGAGAUCACGCGCUUCGUGCUGCAGAACGCAGCCAGCGCGGGGCCCCAGCGCCCUGAUGCCCACCUUGAGCCGGCUCUGGCAGCCGCUGUGCAGACCGACGAGGAGCUGCGCGCGCGUCUGAGGGUGCUCCUGGUCCGCGAGCACCCGCUGUGGCAGGCCGCGGCCAUCGUGCCCUUCCUGCUGCUGGACAAGCAGGACGUGGUCAGCUGCUUCCGGGAUGAGAUGGCCGGGGAGGGCUUCUUCCCGGAGCAGGCCCGUGCUGAGCUCCUGGCGGCACAGCUCAGCUACUACCGGGUGGCCGACCGGGAGUUCUCUGUCACUGGCUGCAAGCAGGUGGUGGCCCGGGUGAACCUCUUGUAGCAUAGGCACGACUGGACACGGUGGCUACAAGUGGACACAAUCCGAGGUUUGGGUUGGUGGUGGCAGAAGGAGGGACCGGGCCUGUGCAUUGGCCUGAGGCCCCUAAUAAAUCUGUCUCUGGCCCCUCCCCAACCUGUGGUUUGCCCAGGGACCUGGGGGAGCUAAUGGGCUGGGUCAGUUCACCCCCAUCAGAGCCCCCAGUCUGCCUGUGUAGGGUCCCUAAUCCAGUCGCUGUGCCUGAGCACGCCCUGCAGGUGGUGGGGGAGGUGCACCAUCCAGGGUCCAGGCUACAAGGAUGCAUGAUGGCCUCAGAGAAAGGCAGUCCCCUGGAGCUGGCUCUGACCUCUGCUGUGUGGGGUGCCUGCCGCCGCAGCCCUCAGACACACUCAUGCAUGCUCUGUUCAGCCCUCGCAUACUUGCCAGCCCUGCAGGCCACAAGCCCCGGGGCUUCUCCAGCUGGGGGAAUGGGGGGUUCCCCGGGUUCCCCCUGGACUCCUGGAAGGCCACAGGCUGGGUGGGUCUCCACACAGCAAGGCGAUCCAGGGGACUCCCCUGAAUGCUUUGGAAGGUGAGGGGACUCUCCCAGAGAGAUAGGGGCGCUGACCUCUUGGCCCCCCGCCCUGGUCAGCAGCUUGCUUCAGGACGCUGAACUGGGGAGGCCUCAAGGUACAGACCCCUGAGACUCAGCUGCAGAGCUCUGCAGGUUUUCAGGCGCCAUAGGCAUCCUUUGCAUGUGGCUCCCAGAAGGCGGUGGUUGCGUCCACGUGGCCCCCACCAGCUCUAGUGGCCCCCGCUGCCCAUGAGCCCUGUGGUGGCCUCUGUGCUCCCACCUGGUGGUCUCGGGGGUGUGUUCCCGCUGCAGGCCUGGCCCACCCUGGGGGAGGGACAUGUCCCCACCCCCCACCCCUCCCCAUGGUCCGCAGACCCCCCCUCCCGUGCUGUCCACCCCACCUGCCCUGGCAGUCGUCGGGCCCAGGUAGCAAAAGCAGGAGGCGCCCGGCAGCACAGAGAAGCUCUGUGAACCCUGGGGUGAUGGGGUUUGGGGCAGGGCAGGGAGGUGCCCCAGAUACUGGGGAACUGUGUUCCCCAAGGGGCUCUGGGCGGGGGAUGGCCAGUGCAUCCACCGACCCCACAUGCUGAGUAGCAGGGGAAAGAAGCCCUGGAGUCUAAGGCUGAAUGGGCGCCAGGGGAGCCCGUGUCCAGCCCGGAGGUCCUAGGCCCUGACCCCCGGGCCCCCAGGGCAUGCUGCUCACUUAGCCUUCUCUUUGUCACUUUGUUCUGUGCCUUUUAGUUGUCCUGCCUUUUUAUAUCUUGCUUUAUUUUUAUUUUAGUUUUCUGGUGCCCCCGCAACCCCCACCACAGCACACAGCGUCCCGUCUGUAAUGGGUUGGCACUUAUACCCUGAGCCACUUGCUGUGACCAGCUGAGGGCCAGCCCACCCUCUGCACCCUCAGGCCAGUCUCACCAAGUAGGGCAACACUGUCCUCUUAUCCAACCCCACAUAUGGGACAUUAUUUUUAUAUUUAAUGUUUACUGAUGUUUAAAUUUUAUUUUACUGAUAUAUUUAUGAACGAGUUUCCUCUGUUUUGGAGGCUCUGUAAUUCCCAUUGUGCUGUAAACUAGCUUCCCAGGUUCUGUACAUGCCUGUGGGACUGGGACUGUUCUCAUGCUGGGGCACCACGCUGCCCCCAUGACUGCGGCUUCUUAGUCUGUAGAAGUCAGGACAGCUGGCAGGACGUCCUUCAUGAAGAGUUACUUGGCUCUUGGGCUUUUUUCACUUAGAACUUGGUUGCAUUUUUUUUAAGCAGGCUCCAUGCCCAGUGUGGAGCCCAAAGCUGGGCUUGAACUCACAGCCCUGAGAUCAAGGGUCUGACACUGAACUGAGCCACCAGGGGCCCCUGACUUUGUCAGAUUCUUUGGAAAACCUUUCAGGAUUUGAAUUGGGCCCUCACGGAUCCACAGGCCAGUGAGUUUGGGAAGUGUGCUUCCAUCACACAGCCACGCAGUCACCAGGCUUGAUAGCACACACGCGUUUGACUGGACUGUGUCAUGUUCUGCUGACAGGUCUUGCUCACAUUUCUGAGAUUUAUUCCUUAAAACCAUAAAGCAUUUGGUUGAUGUCACAAAAGGUCAGCGUUGUAUAAUCUAACAUACACCGGGGAAAGUAUAUAAAGCAAAAUCUGCAUUUGAAGCUUUAUCACAAAGCUACAUCCCCCAUACUGGUGGGGAUGUGGGAUGGGCCAGGCACUUGGACGCUCUCAGGGCGGCCCCACUCCCUGGUGCCCCCUGCCCAGCCCAGCAAUGACCUGACCUGCCAACUCCUCGAAUCACCACCUUCUGCUCUUCCCACUUGAACCACCCAACUUCACAGCUCCAACCGGUUUGUUUUACUUUGUUCUUCACGUUGCAACUUUCCUGUUUAAACAAAAGCAAAAACAGCUCGAUUGACAUAUCAUUUAUACAUCACUCCUUUUAAGGGGAUGGUUUAAUGAUUUUAGUAACUUUGGAGACUUGUGCCAUAAUGCAGGUGUGGGAUCUUUCCACGACCCCAGAAUGAUCCAUCUUGCUGCUUUUCUGUGAAUCGUUUCCACCCCUUCCUCAGGUAACCACUAAUUCUGUCUCCCAAGGUUUAACCUUUUCUAAAAUUUGGUGUUGCAGGUAUGUGGGCUUUUUAGCUUUUUGUGUCUGAUUUCUUUCACUUACUGCUUUUGAGGUUCACCCAAAUGGGUAGGGCUUGCCUUUGUGGGCGCCUUUCUCCGUGUUAAUGGACCAGAAGCAUCCCAUGCACAUUGGGGUUGUUUGCACUUGUUGGCUAUCAUGAAUAAAUUGUGC